GGUAUUAAAAGCAUUAUUCAUAGGAAAGCACUCAUUCGGGGUGCAGUCCACUGCCCUAAUUAGAAUCACUGCAAAAUUAAAACAAGUUGGUUACAAAGUUUUCUGUUUUAGUCUUAGUUUAUCUUUGCUAAUAAAAAAUAAAAAAUAGAAAAAUGUGUUUACUAAGUUGUGGUGCGUGCUUAGCGCAAUCAAUUUUGUUUGUUUUGAAUUUUCUAUUGUCUAUCGUAAGCUUAUCCGUGACUGGGAUCGGCAUCUUCGUCUUGAUCGAAGUGCACAAAGUGAGCAGCGACGACCUGGACUUCAACAGUCCGGCCAUCAUUGUGGUGGUGGUGGGCGCCGUCUUCAGCGCGAUCUUCUUCUGUGGAUGCUGCGGCGCGUUCUGCAAGAACAGGUGCCUGCUGAUCACGUAUUCGGUGAUCACCAUCCUCCUGGCAACGGCAACGGUGGUCUUCACGGUGGUCAUCUUUCAGGAUGGGGACCAGAUCAAGGAGACAGCGCAGGAUGUUCUCACUGACACCUUCAGCAAUCCCCAGAACAAGGAGACCCUAGGGUUGAUGGAAGCUACUCUCGGCUGUUGCGGCACAACGGGUCCUAACUAUUACAACUCUUCCAUCCCCGUGACCUGCUGCUCCUCCGCUCUCCAGAACUUACAGAACCUCCAGAACCUACAGAACAUCCAGCAGGACAACAUUAACAUCACUGCCAUCACCAACAACACUUCGAGCGGCUCCAUCAACUUGAGCUGCCCCAUCAGCGAUGCUUACCAGCAGGGAUGCGUCGAUGCCCUCAUGGAAUUACUGUCCGAAAUAUUCAAAAUCACCGGCCAAGUGCUUAUCUGGAUUAUUGUCAUUGAGUUCGCGGCAGCGGUUUUGGCGAUCUUGUUGUCGUGCUACAUUGGAAAAUAGUACAAGAAAAGUAUCAAAAU